AUGGCAAAAAUGAGUCUCUCUUCCUACCUGUUAAUACUAACUUUUUCUCUGUUUUCUCAAGGCAUUUUACUUUCAGCAUCCAAGUCCAUAAGAAAUUUAGAAGAUGACAUGGUAUUUAAUACAUUCCGGCUGGGGAAAGCCUUUCAGAAGGAAGAUACUCCACAAAAAUCAGUUGUUGCUCCUUCUCUGGAACAAUAUAAAAAUGAUGAGAGCAGUUUCACGAGUGAUGAGGAAAACAAAAAUUCAAAGAACACAGGCUCCAAACAUAAUUUCUUAAAUAAUGGUCUGCCACUGAAUCUGGCUAUAAAACCUUAUCUUGCACUAAAAGGAUCUGUAGCUUUUCCAGCUGAGAAUGGAGUUCAGAAUACUGAAUCAACACAGGAAAAGAGAGAAAUUGGGGAUGAAGAAAACUCAGCUAAAUUUCCUAUAGGAAGGAGAGAUUUUGACAUGCUCAGGUGCAUGCUGGGAAGAGUCUAUCGACCUUGUUGGCAAGUCUGA